ACUUCUUUAUCCAUCACAUCCUCGCCCCCUAACAUUCCGCUCAGUAAUCCGCUCCUUCUUUUCCAAAAGAGUACACACAAAAAAAAAAAAAAAAAAAAAAACAGAAACAGAAACGGAAAGUUCAGUCCAAACUCCGCAUCUUCACUCAUUCAUGCUUUAGUCCAACAUCGCAGCCCCUGCAUUCAUCUUCGAUGCUUGCUGGGGCUGUGAUUCAUUCACUUCAAAAAUUAUAGCUGAAGAAGAAGAGGGAAAAAAAACCCUAGCGAUCAAAAUCAGUUACUGUACUAAGAUGGUGUUCAAAGGUCGGUUUUUCUCAUCAAAGAAAUCGGAAACCUCAAGUCCAGAUGGAUCUUACAAUAGUCCAGGAUCCGGCGGGUCCAACUCCAACUCUCCGGUCCGAUCCGAUAAGAAGAAAGGCAAGUCUAAGGACAACUCUCCAAGUACACCUACUUCCUUGUCAAGUUUUGCUGCUAGCUUCAAAGACAGGAAGAAAAAGGAUAAGGAUGCUACUAAUAAAGGCAAAGAAAGUCCAAGUAGUGUGGAAGUUAAAAAAGAAACGGCGGCAACGUUCAAUUUGAAGAAAGGAGGGGUAACGGAAACUACUAAAGAAGCUGCUGGGGCUACUGCUUCUUUUCCGUUGUCACCGAUAAUGGCGUCAUCGUUGGGCUUGAAUAAAAUUAAAACGCGAUCAGGGCCGUUGCCGCAGGAGAGCUUUUUUGGAUAUGGGAGUAGUAGUAGAGAGAAAGGAAAUGCUUUAGGUUCCAGCAACUUGUCUAAGACUGUCGGUGAUGGGCCGUCAUUGAGUUCUGGUUCGGGCAUGAAGAGUUUAGUGAAGAAGGAUGAAAAGAAGUCAGUAUUGGGGUCUCCCGAGAAUGCUCCAUUGAAGGAGAGAAGCCCACAUAUACCAGGCCCAUCAAGGCUGCAGAGUGAUGAAUCAUCUUCUGGAGCAGGGCAAUUCAAUUCAUCUUGGGGCCAUUCUGGAGGUCUCAGAGGCAUAGAUGUAUGUACUCCCGAAUUGAAGACAUCUUAUGAAUGUGAUAAUCCAAAGGAGUCCGAAUCACCUCGCUUUCAAGCUAUACUGCGGGUAACCAGUGCACCUAGGAAAAGGUCUCCUGCAGAUAUAAAAAGUUUCUCCCAUGAACUUAAUUCCAAAGGUGUACGGCCUUAUCCAUUCUGGAAGCCUCGAGGUUUAAACAAUUUAGAGGAGGUCUUAACGAUGAUUAGAGCAAAGUUCGACAAAGCAAAGGAGGAAGUGGACUCUGAUCUGCGUAUUUUCGCGGCAGAUCUGGUUGGAGUUCUGGAAAAAAAUGCAGAAACUCAUCCAGAAUGGCAGGAAACGAUUGAAGAUUUGCUGGUUUUGGCUCGGAGCUGUGCAAUGACAUCACCGGGGGAAUUUUGGCUCCAAUGUGAGGGGAUUGUUCAGGACCUGGAUGACAGACGCCAGGAACUUCCAAUGGGUACACUGAAGCAGCUGCAUACUAGGAUGCUUUUUAUACUUACAAGGUGUACACGAUUGCUUCAAUUCCACAAGGAAAGUGCAUUUGCUGAGGAUGAACCUGUAUUUCAACUUCGUCAAUCGUUGCAGCCUGUGGAAAAACGCAUUUCUCCAGGCAUGGGAAGAAAUAGUAAGAUGUCUGGUCCUAUGCAAUUCCCAAAGGUGCCGGCCCCAAGAAAAUUUUAUAGUCAGGAACAACAUGGGUUAGAGUGGAAGAGAGAUCAGGCUGUACAGCAAGGAGACUCUCAGGCCUUGCAAGCUGAAAAUCUAAAAAAUUUGGAGUCUCCUGGUGGAAGGGAAGAUCGAAUGGCAUCCUGGAAGAAACUUCCAACUCCAGCAGUAAAAAGUCCCAAACAAGCUUCUCCAACCAAGGAGGACACGAUUGAUGGCAAUAUUGAACCUUCAAAGCUAUUUAUGAACAAAAGAGGAACUCCUGAUGUAGAUCUAGCUGCUGCCAAGCAUCCUCAGCUUCUUUCUGCUAAAGACUCUCAUGCACACUCUUCAAUUCCUUCCAAGCACCAGUAUAAAGUUUCUUGGGGCCACUGGGGUGAUCAACCAAGUGUAUCAGAUGAAAGUUCAAUAAUUUGUCGCAUUUGUGAGGAGGAGGUUCCCACUUUGCAUGUGGAAGACCACUCCAGAAUUUGUGCUAUUGCUGAUCGUUGUGAUCAAAAGGGUCUUAGUGUCAAUGAGCGCUUGAUUAGAAUUGCAGAUACUCUUGAGAAGCUCAUGGAGUCAUUUUCACAGAAAGACUUCCAGCCAACUGUUGGAAGUCCAGAUGUCGCAAAAAUAUCAAACUCUAGUGUAACCGAGGAAUCUGAACCUUUCUCUCCAAAGCUUAGUGAUUGGUCACGCAGAGGUUCAGAAGACAUGCUGGACUCUUUUCCUGAAGCAGAUAACUCUAUGUUCAUGGAUGAACUUAAAGGUUUACCCACUAUGUCAUGUAAAACCCGCUUUGGACCAAAGUCAGAUCAAGGAAUGACAACAUCAUCUGCAGGUAGCAUGACCCCUAGGUCCCCCUUGCAGACACCAAGGACCAGUCAGAUAGACCUGUUAUUGGCAGGUAAAGGUGGUUUCUCUGAGCAUGACGAUCUCCCUCAGAUGAAUGAACUGGCAGAUAUUGCUCGAUGUGUGGCAAAUACGCCUUUAGAUGAUGAUCAGUCUCUGUCCUAUUUGCUCUCUUGCCUUGAAGAUCUGAAAGUUGUGACGGAACGCAGAAAGUUGGAUGCACUUACAGUGGAAACGUUUGGAACCCGCAUAGAAAAGCUGAUAAGGGAGAAGUAUUUGCAACUAUGCGAACUAGUUGAUGAUGACAAGGUUGAUAUCACUAGCACUGUCAUUGAUGAAGAUGCUCCCUUGGAAGAUGAUGUUGUACGUAGCUUGAGAACCAGCCCUAUUCAUUCGAAAGACCGUACCUCUAUAGAUGACUUUGAGAUAAUAAAACCAAUUAGUCGUGGUGCAUUUGGCCGUGUUUUCUUGGCAAAAAAGAGAGCAACUGGAGAUUUCUUUGCAAUUAAGGUUUUGAAGAAGGCAGAUAUGAUACGCAAAAAUGCCGUUGAGAGUAUCUUGGCGGAACGCGAUAUUUUAAUAUCGGUUCGCAAUCCCUUUGUGGUUCGCUUCUUCUACUCUUUUACUUGCCGUGAAAACUUGUACCUUGUGAUGGAAUACCUGAAUGGGGGGGACCUGUAUUCAUUGUUGAGGAAUCUUGGUUGCUUGGAUGAAGAUGUUGCUCGUGUAUAUAUCGCUGAAGUAGUGCUUGCUCUGGAAUAUCUGCACUCUUUGCGAGUGGUUCAUCGUGAUUUAAAGCCAGACAAUUUGUUGAUUGCUCAUGAUGGUCAUAUCAAGUUGACGGACUUUGGGCUUUCUAAAGUUGGUCUUAUCAAUAGCACAGAUGACUUGUCUGGUCCGGCAGUCAGUGGAGCAUCCAUGAUGGAAGAUGAUGAAUCUCAGUUAUUGGCACCUGAGCGUCAGCAGGAGAAGCGCGAGAAACGUUCUGCUGUUGGCACACCAGACUAUUUGGCACCCGAAAUCCUUCUAGGAACAGGGCAUGGUUUCACGGCUGAUUGGUGGUCUGUGGGUGUUAUCCUCUUUGAGUUGAUUGUUGGCAUUCCACCUUUCAAUGCGGAGCACCCUCAGAAAAUAUUCGACAAUAUUCUCAAUUGUAAUAUACCUUGGCCUGGAGUUCCUGAGGAAAUGAGUUUUGAGGCGCAUGAUCUGAUUAACCGGUUACUAACAGAAGAUCCUAACCAGAGACUUGGAGCCGGAGGAGCCUCAGAGGUGAAGCAGCACCCCUUUUUUAGAGAUAUUAACUGGGACACACUUGCUAGACAGAAGGCUGCAUUUGUGCCUGCUUCAGAAAGUGCACUGGAUACAAGUUACUUCACCAGUCGCUUCUCUUGGAAUCCUUCAGAUGAACAUGUAUAUGCAGCCAGUGAAUUUGAGGAUUCUAGCGACAAUGGUAGUGUUAGCGGUAGUAGCAGUUGUUUAAGUAAUCGUCAUGAUGAACUGGUUGAUGAGUGUGGCGGUCUUGCAGAAUUUGAAUCAGGCUCUUCCAUCAACUAUUCUUUUAGUAACUUCUCAUUCAAGAAUCUAUCCCAGCUUGCAUCAAUCAAUUAUGAUUUGCUUUCGAAAGGUUGGAAAGAUGAUCAGCCGACAAAUCCUAAUGCAUAGCCAAAUGGCAGUUGCACGUCUGAGUAUCAGAUUUAAUUUUUCUUUUGGGCCAAAGUGAUGAAAAGGAUGGCCGGCCAAUCAUCUCCUGUCUGUAUACCUUGUAAAUAUAUAUAUAAGCAGCUUAAAGACUGUGACUGACUACUGAAGGAUGUGUUUUGUCAUACAAACACGUAUCAUGCUGUGAGUAAUUCUAGACUCAACCCUUCCUAUCUGGUACAAUCAAUGGUAUGGAGAAUCUGGAGAAGAGUUAAGUUGCUGCUGCCAUCAUAUACAGUUUAUGCUGUCCGACUUUUACUAUUGUCCAUUGUAUUCUGUAGGAAAAUGGACAGAACUAAAGCGAGUUUUGGUUCCUCCAAGGUUAUCAUUUAAGUACAUGGAGAAUGUUUAGGUGCAAUACCCAAAUAAAAUAAGGAGGAAUUUUUAUAAAGUACUAUAGUUUAGAGCCUACUAACUAUAGUUUGCCUAAUUAUCAUUCAUAGUUACUGCUGAAUUGUCAUCAACUUGUAUCACUUGUAUUCAAACGCACAACGAAUACAAUCUGUA